ACUCCUAACUGAUUCUUUACACAGGUUACUAUGGUAAUGGGGCGUGUGGCUACAACAGGUAACCAUGGUAACCAUUUGGCUACAGCCAGGGAGCGGAUUGAGGACGAGGUUACGUGUCCCGUGUGCAUGGACCGCUUCACUGUAACAGGUGACCAUGUCCCCCGUAUUCUGCCCUGCCACCACACUGUUUGUCACAUGUGUCUGAUGGGUAUUUCUAGAGCUGAUAAUCAACAGGUCACUUUUUAUCUCAAGUGUCCGUCCUGUAGAAACCAAGCUGAGGUUCCCAACGGGGAGAUAAUAAACUUUGAGGUAGAUUUCCGGGUAAACAGGUUGAUAGAAGUGUUAUCAAGACUCCAGCACCAUGACAACCCUGGUCUACCAGCAGACACUGUCUGGGCAAAAGCGGCGCUGUUCAGACCUGAGGUAAACAAGUCUGCUAACGCAUUGCGUUCCUUCCUCAGACAGCUUGAGCUAGCUAUACGUCAGAAUGAUGUCAACACUCUACUGCACAAGAAAAAGGUCGCAGAUAGUAUAAAGCUCUGUAUGGCUCUCCUAAAGCAGAAAGAGAAAGAAAUGUUGGACGAAAUGGAAUCUAGGAGGGUAAAGAACGAGGAGGCUCUCGUAUUGCAGCAGGAGGAAGCGGUGAUGGAGCUAGAAAACAUGGAAAGUGUGUUAGCUCUGCAAAGAAGCUGCUUCUCACACUGUCAGACAGAGGAGCUUAUAGCGGUGGAGGCUGAAGUUUUGCCCCUUCUAGAGGUGUACAGUAAGCGCCACCUCGUCAUCAGGAAACCUCUCCUGCCUGAAACACUGACCUCUUUCACACAAGAGCUGAGUGAGAUGCGUAAAGCUGUGACAGAGAGGAUGGGAGGGUAUGUAGAAAAGAGCGGAUCUCUCCACAGCUCAAGCAGCACGUGCAGUGCCGCGCACUCAAGCAACACGUGCAGUGCCGCGCACUCAAGCAGCACGUGCAGUGCCGCGCACUCAAGCAGCACGUGCAGUGCCGCGCACUCAAGCAGCACGUGCAGUGCCGCGCACUCAAACAGCAGUCUAAACGACUCAGGAAUAUCAGACACACCACCUACUCAGACAAUUGCACAAGAGAGUAAUAGUUCGACCCAGGACACAGCCCCAGUGUCACGUGACCAGGACACAGCCCUAGUGUCACGUGACCACCUAGUAACAACACCCUCAGUUAGGAGACCGCUCCAAAACAGCCUCACACAUUUCUCCAGCUCAUGGGGUAGCCAGGGCUCAGGGCCCGGGCAUUUGGAUACACCCACUGGGCUAUGUAUCAUCAACCAGACACAGAUAGCUGUAGCAGAUGCCGGUAAUUGUAGAAUUUGUAUAUUCGAUUCCAAUGGACACCUGGUCAACCUGUUUGGAAGAAGGGGCAGGCUGACAGGCCAGUUAAACUGUCCUAACGCUGUAGCGAGCAGAGGAGAUCGUAUCUUUGUAGCAGACACUUACAAUCACCGUAUCAGCGUACACCGCCUAGACGGCUCCUUUCUCAGCUCUUUCGGUUCUAAAGGAGGAAUGCUGGGUGAGUUUGACAGGCCGAUUGGAAUUACGACUACAGAAAGUGAGGAAGUUAUUGUAGCGGACACUUGGAAUCACAGACUACAAGUAUUCGACUUAGAAGGGAACUUUAUCAGACACAUCGGCAAACGUGGAACAGGAGCAGGGCAGUUCCAGUGCCCCUGUGGAGUAGCAGUAGAUAGUCGCGGACAAAUAUACGUGUGUGAUCUGGACAACAAGCGAAUCCAGGUGUUAGACAGCUGGGGACGAUAUCUGAGACACUUUGGGGCUCCCGGCACUCAUCCCGGUGCUUUACACGCUCCUCGAGCGAUUGCUAUUGAUAAUAACGACUACGUUUAUAUUACCGAGUACGAAAAGCAUUAUUUUCAGGUUUUCGACUCUCAGGACGACUUUGUUUCGCGGUACGGUAGUCAUGGUAAUGGACCUGGACAAUUCGACAAGCCGUGUGGAGUAUCCGUGGACACGUGCGGAAAAGUUAUUAUCAGUGACAGUUUCAACCACAGACUGCACAUAUUUUGAUAUCUGUGACCAUUAAUAAAAUAUAUAUUAUUUGGGUACUGGUAAGCCCACCCUGUAUUCUUUUUUUUAUAGUCUAUUAAAUAAGCGCUGUGAGUUUGCACAGACAUUUUUUAGGUCCGGGACUCUACGGCGUGAGACUCUAACCCUAACCCUAACCCUUCACAUAGUCAUGUGUCUACACGUACUAUAUAUAUACUGCGUGACGCGCUUCCCGGCUCAAGCUUAUAUUUAUAACCCUAUUUGAGUAUUCCCUAACCCUUAUCCUUACCCUUACACUUACCCUUACCCUUACCCUUACCCUUACCCUAACCCUAUCCCUAGCCCACCGUAGAGUCUCACGCCGUAUUAAAACGUUUUACGCCGUAGAGUCCGGUCCAGACCCCAACUUUUUUCUUCCGGUUUUGAUAAAUUUUGAACCAAAAGUUGUUUUAAAAUGUAAUUAAUACAAAUUUACCUUGCAG